GAGCAAGACCGUCGUAACGGAGGUUGUGACAGAAGCAACUGAAUCGACGCUAGGAGGUCUGAGGAACAGUCUAGAACAGAGUUGCCUGAAAUAGCAAAUAAACAUGCCUCGAGUAUACAUCGGACGACUAAGUUAUCACGUCCGCGAAAAGGACAUUCAGCGGUUUUUCAGCGGAUAUGGAAAACUAAUGGAAAUCGACUUGAAAAAUGGCUAUGGAUUCGUGGAGUUUGAAGACAACCGGGAUGCCGACGAUGCCGUGUAUGAGCUGAACGGAAAGGAUUUGUGCGGAGAACGGGUGAUCGUUGAGCAUGCCCGGGGCCCACGGCGAGACCGAGAUAGCUACGGUGGGGGUUACUGGGGCGGAGGGCGCAGUAGUGGUUACAGCAGCAGCAGCAGCAGCAGGAGCCGCUCUGGAAGGGACAAGUAUGGCCCUCCAGUCCGUACAGAGUACCGCCUCAUUGUGGAAAACCUGUCAAGCCGCUGCAGCUGGCAAGACCUCAAGGACUUCAUGCGUCAGGCAGGCGAGGUGACGUAUGCCGACGCCCACAAGGAGCGGACCAACGAAGGGGUGAUAGAGUUCCGGACUCACUCUGACAUGAAACGGGCCAUGGACAAGUUAGACGGCACAGACAUCAAUGGGCGAAAGAUUCGAUUGGUGGAGGACAGACCUCGUAAACGAAGGUCUUACUCUGGCAGCCGCUCCAGAUCUCGAAGUCACCGCCGCUCCCGCAGCAGAAGCCACAGGAGCUCAAGGAGUCACUCCAGAUCUCACUCGAGGUCUCGUUCCCGUAGCGACAAGAGAAGGCAUCAUUCUCGCUCGAGGUCUGAGAGAAAGUCUCGUUCCAAGUCGGGAGAACGGAAAUCGCGCUCUCGCACCAACAGAUCUCGUUCUGGAUCCCAUAAGUCCAAAUCUCGCUCGCGCUCACAGAAAUCUCGUUCCCGUUCAGCCGACCGGAAAUCAAAGUCCCGCUCUAAGAGCCGUUCUAAGGUCAAGUCGGAGCGGGAUUCUCGUAGCAGAUCCAAGGAGAUGGAUGUUGGUGCUGGUGAAGACAACAACAAGAAGUCCCGCAGCCGUUCAGCUUCCCCUGUAGAGAACGGUAAAGAGGAGCGCACUGCCAAAUCAGCGUCCCGCUCCCCGUCCCCACAAGAAGACGAACGCCGAUCUAAAUCCAGAGAGAAGCGUUCAGCGUCCCGCUCAGUCUCCCGCUCAAGGUCUCGUUCACGAUCUAGAUCAGCCUCUCAAGAUUAGAUGUGGAAAACAUUUUCCCCUUCCUCCUUUUUUUUUUUUCUUUUUUGAGUUUUAUUAUAAUACUGUACAUAGCGAGCAGUGUCACAGGCUUCUGCUUCCUUACCUUUUCUCUUCAGAGUGUGCUGUUUUGACAUGCCAUCAAUAAAUGCACAUUGUCAAGGCUGUUUUUUGGAAACUUGCCUAUGUAAAAGAUUUCUGAUCCUAAGUUUUGAGUAGUCUUCCGCUUGAGACUCAUUUUCUAGCCCACAGAAUAAUAUUUUUUUUUAUUAUUAUUUUAAGACUGUUUUCAAUAAAAUCUUUUCUGGCUUUAUACGAACAACGUUUAAUAUUCUUUGGUCACUGUUACCAGUAAAUUUGCUUGUGGCACACUGUGUACAAUUUACCAUCAUUCUUACUUUCCCGGAUUAUAUAAAUAAUUUUUUAUGUUCAAGUUUUAUGAAGUGCACAGUUAUGAGUGAAUUGUUGGUUGCUGAUACAGUUUUUGCUCUGAUGGGCCUUUUCAUUUCUGUUUUUUUUGUGGGAGGACACAAGAGCGUGUACCAUUAAACUUCAUAAUUGCAUUGUGAAAAGUUUGUUGUACUUUUGAACAUCUUGCGUUGUAGUUAUGGUAGUUGGUUAUCCUUUUCUUAAUAAAAUUGUUCAUAAGCUCUGC